CAGAUUAUGAAUAAUUCUUCUAACAAAGUUCAAAGUUAACAAUGGCGAGAAGAAAUUCCCAAAAGGGAAAGUAUCUGAUGGAGGAUAUGGUUGAACCGUCGGGUCCACCGUCGAAACGAGCCCGGACUCUCGUCCUGGUCGGGCGUACAGGAAACGGGAAGAGCGCCACGGGGAACAGCAUCCUCGGAAGAAGGGCGUUCAAGCAGGGAUCGAGCUCGGUAGGAGUUACCAGGACUUGUGAGCUUCAGACAGCUGAGCUAGAAGACGGCCAGAUCAUCAACGUCAUCGACACUCCCGGUCUGUCAUCUCUGUCUCCGAUGUCGGAAUCAACGGCAAAAGAGAUACUACGAUGCUUAACGCUUGCCAAACAGGGGAUAGACGCCGUUCUGCUGGUUUUCUCGGUGAGUAGUCGUAUCUCGCGGGAGGAAGAGGAUACGCUCCAUCUGUUGCAAGCCCUUUUCGGGCGAGAGAUCGUAGAUCACAUGAUCGUCGUCUUCACGGGAGGCGACGACCUGGAAGACAACGAGGAUACACUCGAGGACUACUUGGACAGGGGCUGUCCAAACUUUCUAAAGGAAAUGAUCGAACGGAGUGAAAAACCGUUGGUGUUGUUCGACAACAAGACCGAAGACAAACGCAAGAAAACGGAGCAAGUUCAUAAGCUUCUGUCCGUCGUCGAUUCCGUUGUGAAGCGUAACGGCGGGAAACCUUAUAUGGACGAUCUUUUCGUUGAGCCGCAGGUGGAGAAGCAACUGGCUGAAGACGAAGAGGUGAUUCCCAUACAACGGAGCAGGACCGUCUCAAGUGCUCGUCCCGUAAUGUAUGAGAAGAAUCUGGAACCGAGUCUGUCCAAUGAAGAGAUACGUAAAAUGAGGAAAAUAAUAAAGAAGGAAGAAGAAGCGAACUACAAUUAUCUCGAGCUCUGGCGAAGAUGCAACAUCAUGUGAGAUGUAUAACUCCAAAGAAACACUUCUUAUAUGUGUGUGUAUAUAUACAUAUAUAUGGAUAUGAUGCAUGCAUAUACUAUAGUUUUUUUUAUGUAUAUGUACAUAUACUAUGUAUAUAUUAUAUAUGUGUGUACUAUUGAGUGUAUCAGUGCAGUCACACGACUAUAUGAAAUAACACCGCCUUUACAAAGCGUU